AGGUGUGAAUGAAUCCGGCGGAGGCCAUGCUGCCACUGAUGAAGGGCUAUCCCAUUUCUGGGCCAUUUGCACGGGCCCUGCGGUGAUAUGAACCAAGCGAAGACCUGUCGGAGGCUUCCUUCUGUCUCUCGCUGAGCACUCCAGCUGCAAAGAUCAUCCCACUGUCGGUGUGUGUCCUGUCCUCCUCUUGCUACAGCAAACAACCCCGUCUCGAGCCAGCACCCCCCCUCAUCUGCCAGCAUGAACAUGAACACAGCCGAUGACAGCCAGGGUCCCCAAGGGACGUGGGGCCCCGCGGGGUCCGGCCCCCAGGAGCAGGUCCUCUCAUGAUGCUGGUGUCUGGGAGUGAGCGCCAUGCCCAUCACGCAGGACAAUGCGGUGCUGCACCUGCCCCUGCUCUGCCGGUGGCUGGAGAACAGCCUGCGGGAGGGCGGGGCGGGGCCGGAGCAGCGGCUGUGCCAGGCGGCCAUCCAGAAGCUGCGCGAGUACAUCCAGCUGAACUUCGCCGUGGAUGAGAGCGCGGUGCCCCCUGACCGCAGCCCCCCGGGGAUGGAGAUCUGUACCGUGUACCUCACCAAGGAGUUGGGGGACGCGGAGACGGUGGGCCUCAGUUUCGGGAACAUCCCUGUUUUCGGGGAUUAUGGAGAAAAGCGCAGGGGGGGCAAGAAGAGGAAGACCCACCAGGGCCCCGUGCUGGACGUGGGCUGCAUCUGGGUGACGGAGCUGAGGAAGAACAGCCCGGCAGGGAAGAGUGGGAAGGUCCGACUGCGCGAUGAGAUCCUCUCCCUGAAUGGGCAGCUGAUGGUUGGAGUUGAUGUCAGUGGGGCCAGUUACCUGGCUGAGCAGUGCUGGAAUGGCGGCUUUCUCUACCUGAUCAUGCUGCGCCGCUUCAAGCACAAGGUCCAUUCUCCUUACAGCAGCAACAGUGGCAACAGCUCAGAGCCAGGACAGACACCGACCUUGGAGCUGGGUGACCGGACCGUGAAAAAGGGGAAAAGAACAAGAAAGUUUGGAGUCAUUUCCAGGCCUUCUAUCCACAAGGCCACUGAAGAAUCCAAGAGCCACACUGGCUGUGAGCUGGACAAUGGCCCCAUCUCUGAGCUGGACAAUGGUCCAGACCCAGAACUUGGAAAUGGCCAUGCCUUUCAGCUAGAAAAUGGCCCAGACUCUCUCAAGGAAGUGGCUGCAUCCCAUCUAGACGGGUCUGAAGUGGACAGAGGGACAGAGCCUAGAGUUCCAAAGACAGACACUCCUCUGCCCACAAGCAAUGAUAAAUGCCACUUCUCAAAAUCAGGGAAAACGGACUUCCAAUCAAGCGACUGCCUGGCGAAGGAGGAAGUUGGCCGGAUAUGGAAGCUGGAACUGCUUAAAGAAUCGGAUGGGCUGGGAAUUCAGGUUAGUGGAGGCCGAGGAUCAAAGCGCUCACCUCACGCUAUCGUUGUCACUCAAGUGAAGGAAGGAGGUGCCGCUCACAGGGAUGGCAGACUGUCCUUAGGAGAUGAGCUGCUGGUCAUCAAUGGUCACUUACUGGUCGGGCUGUCCCACGAGGAAGCUGUGGCCAUCCUUCGCUCAGCCACUGGAAUGGUUCAGCUGGUCGUGGCCAGCAAGGAAACCUCGGCCGAGGACCUCCUGAGGUUAACGUCUAAGAGUUUGCCUGAUCUGACCAGCUCAGUAGAGGACGUAUCCUCUUGGACUGACAACGAAGACCAGGAGCCAGACGGGGAAGAGGACGAAGGAACUGGCCCGUCCUCCAUCCAGGGAGCUAUCCCUGGGGCAGGUGAUUCGUGUGGCUCCGAGGAUUCCAAGGGAAACCUGGAAAGUCCCAAGCAGGGCAACAGUAAAAUGAAGCUCAAAAGCCGUCUUUCGGGGGGUGUACACCGUCUAGAGUCUGUUGAAGAAUAUAAUGAGCUAAUGGUGCGAAACGGGGACCCCCGGGCCAGGAUGUUGGAGGUGUCCCGAGAUGGCCGGAAGCACUCUCUACCCCAGCUACUGGAGUCUUCGGGAUCGCAGGAAUACCACAUCGUGAAGAAGUCCACGCGCUCCCUGAGCACCACGCAGGUGGAGUCUCCGUGGAGGCUCAUCCGGCCGUCGGUCAUCUCCAUCAUCGGGCUGUACAAAGAGAAGGGCAAGGGCCUUGGCUUUAGCAUUGCCGGAGGUCGGGACUGCAUUCGAGGACAGAUGGGGAUUUUUGUCAAGACCAUUUUCCCAAAUGGAUCAGCUGCCGAGGAUGGAAGACUUAAGGAAGGGGAUGAAAUCCUAGAUGUAAAUGGAAUACCAAUAAAGGGCUUGACGUUUCAAGAAGCCAUUCAUACCUUUAAGCAAAUCCGGAGUGGAUUGUUUGUGUUAACCGUACGCACAAAGUUACUGAGUCCAAGCCUCACGCCCUGCUCCACCCCCACACACAUGAGUAGAUCCAGCUCCCCAAGCUUCAGCGCCAGCGGGGGGACCUCGGCGGUGGGCUCUGAUGAAAGCAACUCCUCAUCCCUGGGUCGGAAGGCCCAUGGGCCCAAGGACAGAAUUGUCAUGGAAGUAACGCUCAACAAAGAGCCCAGAGUUGGAUUGGGCAUUGGCGCCUGCUGCCUGGCUCUGGAGAACAGCCCUCCGGGCAUCUACAUUCACAGCCUUGCCCCGGGAUCCGUGGCCAAGAUGGAGAGCAAUCUGAGCCGCGGAGAUCAGAUCCUGGAAGUGAACUCGGUCAACGUCCGCCACGCUGCUUUAAGCAAAGUCCACGCCAUCUUGAGCAAAUGCCCCCCAGGACCCGUGCGCCUUGUCAUCGGCCGGCACCCUAAUCCAAAGGUUUCCGAGCAGGAGAUGGAUGAAGUGAUAGCACGCAGCACUUACCAGGACAGCAGAGAGGCCAGUGCCUCCCCUGGCUUAGGUACCCCCUUGAAGAGUCCCUCUCUCGCAAAAAAGGACUCCCUGCUCUCUGAGGCCGACCUCUCCCAGUACUUUGCCCCGGACGUCGCAGGCCCCUUGGCAGACUUCGUGGUGGCAGGCUCGGAGGACGAGGAGCACGCGGGGAGCGGCUGCAGCGCCUCCACUCCCAAGGAAUCAGGAAAAGCCAGGGCCAACAGCCUUGUGUGUCUAGGAAGCCAGCGGGGCUCUGGGCUCUUCCACAAGCAGGUGACAGUCGCCAGACAAGCCAGUCUGCCCGGGAGCCCGCAGGUCCUCCGCAACCCUCUCCGCCGCCAGAAGAAGGUGGGCUGCUACGCGGACGACGCCAGCGAUGAGGAGGAGUUCGAGGGCGAAGGGGACUGCAUCUCCCUCCCAGGGAGCCUCCCAGGUGCCGGCAGGCCUCUGACAGAGGACGACUCUAGGCAUGGCUUGACCUCUCCCAAGGUCAUGGGUGUCAACAACCGAGAGGACCAUCCCCAGAAAACACUGGUCAGCAAGGCCUCCUCGGUGCCUCUCCUCGGCAGCUCCCUGAGCUUGGAGAGUGUCCCAGGGGACUUGGGGGACACUCCUCCCCCUGCAGCCAACCCACUGUCUUCUGCAGAGGCCCUCAAGGGUGGCUCUGGCUGCCUGAGGAGGAAGGAACUGCCGGGGUCCAGGAGUUCACCCAAAUUGGAAUACAAAGCUGAUACCCAGAGUCUGGUGAGUGUGGACAGCGCCAGUGCCCCCCAGCAGAGGAGUGAAAGCCUGGGGUGCAGGCACAGGCCAGUGGCCAGGGUCAGCCCACACUGUAAGGGGCCGGAGGCGUCGGCCAGGCCCACCACGUCUGAGACAGUAAACCUGACCGCUGGAGGUAAUGACCCCCAGGAUCUAGAAUCUAAGGCCCAGGCCGCUUCCGUCCACGAGACCAUGUCUGGCUUCCGACCAGGUGGAGCUGUGGAAAAGGACUCUCCGGGGAAGCUGACCAUUGGGCAUGGGCCCCACCCAGGAGCUGGCCGCCUCCCAGAGAGCCUGCCCGAAGCUGGACCAGACCAGGGGCAAUACCCCGGGACGGGACUGGAUGGCUCCCCAGACCUUGUCCCUUCCCCAGGGCAAAAGGGGGCUGCUCACCCGGACCCCAGCAAGACCUCCAUGGAUGCAGGGCAUGGGAGGCGGCCUGAGGACCCCAGAGAGCGAGUGCCGCCCAGGGCCCCCAAGUCUGAGGACAGAUGUCAGGGCAGCCCUGCCCGGGUCCACAGCACCUCCCCAGGGAAGACAGCAGGGUCUCAUCCCCUGGACACCGGCGGGCCCGACACCACCAGCAAGGCAGCUGCCCCUGGGGGAGCAGGGCCUGGGGCAGAGGAAGCGGCUGCAGCCAGCACUGUCCUGUCACCAGCUCUCCUCACAGGCCAGGACACACGAGGAAUUGCAGGCGACCACAGCCAAACUCUGGCAGGGACCCUCGUGCCUGCACCCUCCCGGGAGUCUGCUGGGCUUGAGGGAACGGACUCGGAGCCUGGGAGGGCACCGCACGCCAGCCACUCCUGGACGUCACCCACUGACCGGGCCAGAGGGGGAUGUGGUGGUGCCUCGGAGCACCGCUGCCCUGUGACCAAUGUGGACAGAUGCCUCGAGGAGCAGGAUGCCUCGGAAGGAAGACUUCCGUCUCCGGACAGAGGGCACCGAGUGAGGCCGGAGGGCAGUGCUCAGGGUCAGCUGCCCACAGGAGCUGCAGGAGGAAGCGCCCGCCGAGCUGAGCCAGCCACCGGGAACCAGGCCCCCACCCCCAAGAGGGCCUGGGCGGCGUGCCAACCCCCUCACCCACCCUGGACCUCCCAGCCUUCUGUUUUGGAUUCAGUUAAUCCUGACAAACAUUUUACUGUGAACAAAAACUUUCUGAGCAACUAUUCUAGAAAUCUCAGCAGUUUUCACGAGGACAGCGCAUCCCUGUCAGGCCCUGCUGACAGCAUGGAGCUGUCUCUCUCUUCCAUGUACGGGGACGCCGAGGACUCAUCCUCUGACCCCGAGUCGCUCCCUGAUGCCCUGCGGGCUUGCACCAGGGACACCCGGUCACCUACUCGUUCUCGUGGGUCUUCUCACAGGGAAGACACUACGGAAUCGGAGGAGGAGCAAAUUGAAAUCUAUUCCACAGGGGGUUUCCCCACCCCAACCUCGAUGGCGGGGCCCAUGCCUGCCCAGGAGGCGCCCUGCCAUGUGCCAGCCCGAGGCCUGCCCCGGCGACACAGCGCUCUGGGUGAGGCCGUGGGAAGUCCACGCGAGAGAGCCUACUUCAUGCCGGGAGCCUCGUGCCCUCCAACCCCGAGCUCUGCCCAGCCAUCUCCCCUCGGGGGCAGAAGUGCUCAGGGGCGUGAAUCUCCUGUGGACCCACAGAUUCCACAGCACCAGGGGGCCCCCAGCACUGGCUCGGCUGUGGAAAACCACCAGCCCUCCGCAGCCGCCAGGCAUCUUCACAGCGCCCCGGUCGCCCUCAGCUCUCCCAACAUGGUGAAUGGUUUGGGACACGACUUGGAUGGUGAAACCACAGAUGAAAAACAAGAAACAAGUGUGAACGCAACCGAAAGUGCGGGUGCCCCUGAGAACGGGGAAUGUGCCCUGGCAAACCUGCACAGCUCCAAAAGGCAAGACCUGGAGGACCCGCUACAGAAACCAAAACUGGUCUCCAGGAGGCCCAUCAUGGCCUGGUUUAAAGAGAUCAAUAAAAGCAACCAAGGUGCUCAUUUGCAGAGCAGGACUGACAAGGGGCAACCCGCCAUGCCAGCCACCAGUCCUGACUCCAGAAGUCAGGUGCUGAGCACAAGCCACAGAAAGGGGGUUGCUGUGCCGAAUAGCCCUCCUCCGCUGAAACUGAAUCUUGAAAAUAAAGACCCACCUAAAAAAAGCUCCGUGGAGACCCUGGUAAGUAACAGUCAGAAACCCAAGUCCGGUGCUAAGCUCAAGAGGCUGAGCAGCAAGAGCAAAAGCAAAGGCAGCGCCGAGGGCCCUGCAGCUAACACGCCUAAGGCCGGAGGGACGGACCCCAGGAGGUCCCUGGUCUCACCCCAGGCCUCCCACAAAAUGCUCUCCAAGGUCACGUCACACCGGUCCCAUGGAGCUGACCACGAGGAACCCGGCAAAAAUGCCACAGCCACCGCCAGGUCUACCCAGUGUGCGCCGGAGAGCAAGCCAUCCCCUGCAGCCUCGGGGUCACUGAGGCUGUCAGCCUCCGACACGAGCAUCAGACCACUCGCUUCGCCCCUCACCUCCCCCAGGGCUCUUCCUGAGCAAGGUGCAGGCAUCAGGUUCCACGUAUCUGUGCACUCCGGACCCGACAGAGGCAGCCCGGCCGCCCCCAGACCUAAGUGUGGACCAGAGAGCAAGGCGGCCUCGGGGACAGGUCCCGCCGCCUCGAGGAGCAGCACGUCCACAGCAGUGGACCGGCGGGAACCCCCACCUCCCCAGCAGGGCCAGCAGCUCGCGUAUUCAGUACCAGAAGCAGCCCAACCUGGGGUGACUGGUGGUGACAAAGGAAGCAACACAAUUGCUAAUGAUCCCCCAGAAAGAACCAACCAGCUGAAAAUAGUUGAAAUUUCUUCUGAAAGAAUGCCAAAGACUGCAUGUGGUGACAUGCCAGCGGAAAGGGGUAGGCAGGGAGGGUUCGUGACCCCGAGCAACGGUCAGAAGAGUGAACUCAGACUCUGCCACCAGCCAGUGGAAUCGUCCCCAAACCACGCACCUGCACUGGCGUCCCGCGCCUCCCCGGUGGAGCCGGAAAUGCAGCGUUCCCUCAGCGUGGCAAAGCUGGCCGCCUCCUCCCCGGGGAAGUCGAGCCAGGGGCCAGCCUGCCCGGAGACGCCCAAGAACAGCACAGUGGCGGCCCCUAUGGAUGAGCAUCCCUAUUUCACGCCAAGGCCGGCAACCAGGACCUACUCCAUGCCGGCCCAGUUCUCAAGCCAUUUUGGACGGGAAGGGCCUUCCCUGCACAGCCCAGGGCGCUCCCACCGGGACAGCCAGAUCCCCGGGACAAGCGGCCCGGAGGCCAAGGGGUGCAGAAGCGGAGGUCUCGGCCUGGCUAACGGACCGGGCGUCUACAGUGUGAAGCCCCUGCUGGAGACGUCGCGGGCCCUCCCAACCACCGACGAAGGGGACGUCCUUUCAGUGCAGGACACAAGCUGCCUCAUCACCGACAGAAUCCGAGUCACCAGAAGACACUACUACUUGGAGCAGCACUGGCCCCACGAAUCUACCUCAUUCUUCUCGGUGAAGCAGAGGAUCAAGUCCUUUGAGAACCUGGCCAACUCGGACCGGUCCCUGGCCAAGUCUGGGGCUUCCGCUUUUUUGUCUGUGAGCUCCAAGCCUCCCAUUGGGAGACGGUCGUCUGGCAGUGUAGUUUCAGGGAGCCUCAGCCAUCCCAGUGACCUGGCAGCGAGGUCACUGCGACGCAGCCUGAGUUCCUGCAGCGAAAGCCAGGGCGAAGCCAGCACCCUCAUCCCCCAGAUGACCAAGUCCCCGUCCAGCAUGACACUGACCGUCCCCCGGCAUCACCCGGUGGAGGCAAGGAACAAGGGCCCUGAUUCCCACCCAAAGCAAUCGCUUGGUCCUUCCGGAAUCCCCACCCCAAUGGUGACCCCGGCCUCUCCCAUCAAGAAGAACAAGUCCUCAGUGCGCCACACCCAGCCCUCGCCGGUAUCCCGCUCCAAGCUCCAGGAGCUGAGGGCCUUGAGCAUGCCCGACCUCGACAAGCUCUGCAGUGAGGACUUCCCCGCAGGGCCCACGGCUGUGCUCUUUAAGACAGAGCUGGAGAUCGUGCCCAGGAGGUCCCUUGGCUCCCCUGCCGGAGGCUUCAAUGGGGCCACUGCCCUUUUGUGUCCUGUGCAGGGGGCAGACGGGGCCUGUCCAGGUGGAAGCAGGCCUAAAGCCAGUGAGCCUGAGGCACCCAGUUCAGCCAAUAUGAGUGAAACCACCCGGGAUCUGCCCUCUGGAAAAAGCUGGUCAGUUAAUUUGGAUCAACUUCUAGUCUCAGCGGGGGACCAGCAAAGACUACAGUCUGUUUUGUCAUCGGCGAGGUCAAAAUCUACCAUCCUGACUCUCAUGCAGGAAGCGAAAGCACAAUCAGAGAAUAAAGAAGAUGUCUGCUUUAUAGUCUUGACCAAAAAAGAAGGCUCGGGUCUGGGAUUCAGUGUGGCAGGAGGGACGGAUGAGGAGCCAAAUACAAUUGUGGUCCACAGGGUAUUUUCUCAGGGGGCAGCUUCUCAAGAAGGGACUAUGAACCGAGGGGAUUUCCUCCUGUCAGUCAAUGGUGCCUCACUGGCUGGCUUGGCCCAUGGGGAUGUCCUGAAGGUCCUGCACCAGGCACAGCUGCACAAAGAUGUCCUUGUGGUCAUCAAGAAAGGAAAUGACCAGCCCAGGCCCUCCACCCGGCAGGAGCCACACACAGCCAACGGGAAGGGCUCGCUGUCCAGAGAGACCAUCUCCUUGGAGCCUGGAAUGGGAAUGGGGAGAAGAGGAGCUGCACAGGACGCUCUGUGCGUUGAAGUACUGAAGACCUCGGCUGGGCUGGGAUUGAGCCUGGAUGGAGGAAAAUCGUCCAUGUCUGGGGAUGGGCCCCUGUUCAUCAAGAGAGUGUACAAAGGUGGUGCAGCUGAACAGGCUGGAACAAUAGAAGCUGGGGAUGAAAUCCUUGCCAUUAACGGGAAACCCCUGGUUGGGCUCGUGCACUUCGAUGCCUGGAAUAUUAUGAAGUCUGUCCCGGAGGGACCUGUGCAGUUAGUAAUUAGAAAGCAUAGGAAUUCUUCCUGCAAUAAGCAUGAGUAGUGACACAUUUUUUAUAAGAAUCUCCUUUUCUCUGUUUCCUUCGUAUUUCAGCAAGUCAGAAGGACGUCUUGAAACAGCAGAGAAACACUGGUGUAGGCAAGGACUAUAAAAAUCUCUACAUUUUUACUAACAGAUGAUGCCCGACUCUGGAAGCCUUCCCUGGAUCACCUAGGCCAGGAGGGUUCGUUCUGUUCCGGUACCUGUCCCUGACCUUUCGCUGUUACUAAUGGGGAUAUAAGACAUGGCAGGGUGCCUUCUUUCAUUUCAAACAUCCUUCGCUUCUCUUGGCCACCUCUCCCAACAUCCCAAUCGGGGCAACUGGGAAGCCUACACAGGCUGAGGGGCAACACAAAUGUCAUGACUAAAUGGACUCUAGUUUUUUAUAAUUUUGUAAGUAAAUACCAAUGCUUUAAGCACAUUCAAUGGACAGAACUGUAGGUCUGUAUGUUACCCUGAAAAGAAAAUGAGACUUUAAUAAAAUAUAAUAAUCAAUUUAUGACCUAAUGGUUAGGCUGAGCUCAGGAAUUAUCCAAAAAUGGAAAAACAAAAUACAGAAAGUGGUAUAUUUUAGUGAGUAUAAAGUGCAAUAUAUGGCUGCAGAGUUCAACUCAGUGAGUUACUGAUCACAGUGAAGUGUUGGUCAUGGCCUAAAAGUGUCGAUCGUAAGGCUGUUUUGCAGAAAUGCAGUUCUGAUAAACUGUACUAAAUAGCCAUGAGCUUGCUGCUUACAAUGAGCAGAAAGUUCCAGCUUGGAAAGCACCUUGUAUCUAGUUUGGAACUUGUCUUGAGUAAGUGCUUGAAUUCUUGACUGGUCAACACAAACGCAGGCAAAAAUAUCAGUCACUGGGUUUCCAUUUCUAUAUUUUAUGUACUCUUAACAGUAAUUUAAAUUUUUAGAAAUCAAAUAUCUUUUUAGUAUCCUUGGGUUUAUAAACAUAGGCAUUAUAUUUACCAUCCAAAUAGAGAGGAUCGUUAAACGCCCAGCCUGUUUUGUCUUCUGGACAAAAAGUAUAGUGUGACUGACUGGGCGCUUAAGGUGUUAAAAUGAUCCACUUAGGGAACUGUUUGUUGUCCCCCCCGCCCCCUUUCCCAACAAGCUUAUAAAAUGUAUCGUUUCUAAGCAUUGGAUCACUUUUUCUGACCUGGAUAUUAUGACAUAUCUCUGCAGUGACUGAAGUUUUUGCUUCUGUUUUGCAAAUUAUUCCUUUUGUCAAAACUGUUUCCCUGUAACUCACGCUGCUUGUGAAACUUGUCCCAGCUGCUCUCCUUUUGAAGCAUGAACUUUGUAGGUGCUGUUCCUUGCUACAAAAUUGGCUUUUCUCCCCUCAUACUUCAAACCGUCGUCAGCUUCCUUUACCAAAAUGGAGGAAAAUGGAGGAAAGUGAGUCACUUUCAAGGUAAAGGAGCAGUACUACUAUGUAGUUACAACCCAGAUCCUGGGGGGGGUGGGGGUGGUCCCCGCACACAAUAACUGACUGAGUCCAGGGAAUACAGGUGAGACUGUGUACCUGUACGCAUGAUGACGCUAAAGUUUUAUGUUGGAGCUUCUUUCAAAAACUAUAGCUUGAGUCUAUGGCUUAGAGAGAACAACACAAGUCAUCAUACCCCCGGAUCAUGGAAGCACUUGAGCUGUCACUUUGUGCAUCAUUUUUCUGGGUGAUUAAUCCCAGUAAACCUCUAUGGAGUUGCCCAGAGAGGCCUCUCAGAUGGGAGUGAAAUAUGAUUGGUUUGAGCCCAGAUUUCUCAUCUUUUAACAGGUUCUACAAAAGAAAACAUAGUACAGGAAUGAGCUAGAAAGAUCUGAUUAAUUUAGCUUCUACUUUCACUACAAUUCCAGGUAAGAUACUAUAGAAAGUCAGUACAAGGUGCAUGCUAGAUUGUUUUUAAGUCUCUGGAGUCAGUUUUGUGGUUUCUGUUUUCUUGACAUGCAACUAUUUGAAAUCAACACUGAAAACUAUUUUUUGCCUCUACUCUUCCAGCUGUGCCUCCUAAGAAACAGUCCUUUGUGAAUAGACAGGAAUUUCUAGAUCAAUGGGGCUGGUCUCCUCCUGGGAGUCCCUGAUCCUCACUCAAAUCUGAGGAGUGCAAGGGUAGACCUCUGGCUCAUUAAAAUAUGUUCAAGUCAUCAGCCAUUUCUAGUAGAUCUUGCCAGAAUGGUUCCCUGGCUAACAGUUGGAACAUAAGGGAGGAAGCAAAACUGUUUUUAACCCUAAGAUAGAGAGCUAUUUAUCUUCAGUGUUCAGGCAUGACUAGUAUUUCUAAUUAGUCUAAUAAAUUCCCAUACUUCCUGAAGUGAACACUAAUGGUAUUAUCCUACUAAAACUUUGUUUUGGUUUUUUAACUGGUCAUUCACAAUAAGCUAUGAGGCUAAAUAUGUGUUAUAACAUGUAAAUUGUAGUUGCAAGCAUAGACCGUGAAGGUUGAGUUUCACUUAUGUUCUACCAGACACAUCUCAUUUGAUUUUAUGGUUGACUUAAUUGGCACCACACCUGUUGUAUGAUAUACAUAAUCCUUAUUUAUGUAAAAUAAAAUGCCUUAUAUUAUUAAAGAGUUAAGUGCAAUAAUAUGAAAUAGCUUGUACAUUUUUAAAUGUCGCCAAGUUAUGUAAACCCACAUCUCUGUAAACAACUUUUUUUAAGUGAUUUUAAAAAAAUAAACACUCUGCUUAUUA